CUCGGAUUUCGGCUUCCACCUCUAUCAUGUCUUCCGACCAGAACCGACUUUCUGAGCCCCCUUUCGUCACCGUAGAAGGUCUGUUCAAUACACGGGCUGUCGGUGGUUAUUCGGUACCAUCAGAUCCUCAGUCGGUCGUCCGCGUCAAACCCGCCAUACUGUAUCGGUCUGGCGAUCCCUCUCGAAUCACUGAGAAAGGCAAAGAGCAGCUUCUUUCACUCGGGAUACGUCGCGCCUUUGAUUUUAGAAACGACUCCGAAAUAGCUGGCUAUGGCUCCAAAGUCCUCGAAAUUCCGAAUGUAGAAGUUACCAAAGCUCCUGUUUCCCGGGACCACGAUAAAUCUCUCGACCCGGCCACCCUUAUUAAGCAGCUUAUGAGUCAAUUUGAAACCAAUGAAAUCCAAGCGUUUAUGAGGAUUUACACUGAGAUUCUGGAGCUCGGGGGACCAGCAUUUGAGAAGAUCCUCAGACACAUGAUCGAGAAACCAGACGAACCCCGCCUUGUUCAUUGCACAGGUAAAAGCACUUGGUUUCAACCUCUCUACCCUACACGUCAAUUUAUGCUCGUCAAUGCUACACUCAGCUGGGAAAGACAGGACCGGUGUCUUUGUUGCGUUGGUUCUCAUGAUUCUUGGUGUCAAUGACCAGGAUAUUAUUGAUGACUACUCGUUAACGACAAUCGGGCUAGAGCCAGUGAUUCCUCUAAUAAAGGAAAGGGCUGGCAAGCUAAACAAAGCCUACCAAGAGAACCCGAUAGCUGCGCAGAAAAUGGGUAGCUCAAGACCGGAGACAAUGGCCGCAACUCUACAUAUGAUUCGCCAAAAAUACGGCGGCGCUGAAGAGUAUUUGAAGUCGCACACGAGUUUGAACGACAGCGAUAUUCGGCAGCUCAGAGAAAAUUUCGUCCUGAGGACGGCGUAAAUGGACUUUGUUUUAUUCUUUUUGGAUGUGGGUUACUUCCGACUCAAGUGGGAUCGUACGGGUUCGCAGGGAGAGACAGGAAGGUGAGUGUCAAGAAAUGAGUUAUUCACGACUGCAACUCCCAGUGGACCGCUUAGAAAGAGCAACACUAUUGAAUAUUGAUCACCCACCGGGCCCAGCUACUGCUGUAACCAUCCAUCAGUGUCGCAAAAAUUCAGAAUUGACAGGUCAUCAGGCUGUUACUCACGUUUCUUCG